AUGGAAGUAUGGUCCCACUCCCACCGCACCAACACACAGGUUGGCACGGACACCUCAAUCCCAAACUGUCCCUUACCCGCGUCCCGACCCAACCCAGUGAAGACCCCUCCGCCCGCGAGACAAUUGCCAUUAUAAAACAUCAGAGAAACGGUUUCGAAGAAUCGGAGGCGUUGCCGAGGGCUUCGCUGUUUUGGAGACGCAGGCAGCAGGCAAUCACUAAAAUGGAAAACAGAGAGCGAUUUGGUAACCAGAUCAACAUUAAACUCACUCCGUCCUCACGCCGUCUAUUGCAUUCGACGCGAGCUGCUUCCAAACUGGAACCCUAGGCGCCGCCGCCGGUGAGAAAACCUAGCCGCCUCUUUCUGCUCCUCGUGCUGAUGGAUCGUUCUCCUAGCCUAGUGGUUGCCGAUGCGGUACAAGCGGCUCGUGCGGCUGCCGUCGCGGCUGCUGAGGCAAGAUGCGCUGCCAUUAUCGCAGAGAAGGAGGCCAAGGCUGCUGUUGAGUGCGCCGCCAUUGCCGUCGACAAGGUCGAAGCAGUGAAUGUGGCAUCAAAUGUGGAAAUUGUCGACUUUAAGUAUCUUGUGAACGUAAAGAAUUCUUUGAGAUAUGCUAUUCAAGAAAUGAGGAGGCACUCUUCACUGUUGAAUUCGGUUAAAAAACUGUGUUCCACUAUCCCCGAAGUAGAAGGUGGCAAGAUAAGAAAGGUUUGUGGGCAUUUGGAUCAUGUGUGCAAGAAGCUAGAGGAAACUUCAAUUGUCUGUGAACAAGAUUUGGAAACAAAGAAUCCUAGUUGGGAGAUUGAUGACAGCCCUUCCUUAGAUGAUGAACAUCCUUUAGAUGAUGAUGAACUUAGCGAGGGCUACAGUACAGAAGAUCCAGAGCUAUGGGAAAUGGUUUUUGACGACCUAAAGUGGGAAGAGAUUAAAGCUAAUGUCUCAUUUGAAGAGCACUACCGUGUCAUAAACUACAGGUUCGAAGAAAUAAUUGAUCGUAACAUGUAGUUGUGAGGCAGUGUUUGGAAUGGAUGAAGUUAUUUUGUAUGUAAUGCUCCACAUGUAGUCUGGAGCAAUGUAUCUGUCUUUAUGUCUGGUAUGGAUGAAACUAAAUGUAUCUUGUUAUGUGUCUGUAUUGUGGCUGGUUAUCUUUCUGAAACUAAGGUCUGGCUGUGUAUUGUGCCUGUGUAUUGUCGGACAUCUCGCCCCUUGUAUUGGAGAUGGUUGUCUAUUGUUCCUGUGUA